AUGACAUAUACCUCUGCCACUACAAGCCUUUCUAAUCUUCAACCCAUUCGGGACUUGACUUUUGUGGCACAGGCCAACAUUUUCCCUCAUGAUGUUAAGAAGUCUAGAAGGAUAGCCAACGCGAUAAAAUUAAGUGAGAGUGAGGGUCAUCCCCAGAAGACUUUCGAUGUCGAAAUCUUCCUCCACAAGGGAGAGAAGGUAUCGGACAGUUUUAUUAACAAUGUACGUGAGAAGACUGGAAUAGUCACGAAGAAUAUAGUCCCAGAGGAGAACGUCACCAAGCUUACGGCUGAUGCCUCCACGAUCGACAAAAUUGUGGAAGUUGACGCCAUCAAGGCUAUAGAAGAGUCCAUAAAGCCGAAACUCUUCAACGACAUAUCUUGA